UUCAGUUUCAAUGGAUCUACUGUUCUGACAACGGACACAUUCCACUUUUGUGUCAUGGCAGAAAUGAUACCCGACAGUGCCCUUGUCAGACUUGAUAGAACCUUCAGAGAUGUUGAAAGGUUGAUUACGAGCGACAGUAACUAUGCACUAGCCCGAGAACAGCUACGUGCAAUCAAUGUUAACCUGGAAAGAAUUUCGAAUAUUCUUUCAUUGGAAAUGUACAAUUCCCUGAAAGGCUGUGCCCAGCGUCUGCUUAAUUUGUGUAAUGACGGUCAAGCUGCAGAAGCAAGGGAUGCCACUACAAGGAACGACCAACAAGCUGUGGACUUAGAAGAGCCUGAAGGUGGGACUCGGCAACCAGAAGUGGGAGACCCACAUACUUCUACUAGACCUUCACAGAGUUCUCGCUUCACUGCCCCAAGGACAAACUCAGGCAAAAGAGGACGGCCCAAAGUAGAAUUGACAAGAGAACAGCUCAUUACUUUCCAAAAGAGCGGCUACACUGUCAAGAGAAUGGCUACACAUUUCAACUGUUCCUCUUCAUUAGUCUACAAGAGGCUCCAUGCUAAUGGGCUGAAAGUGAGAGACAAGUACUUGACAAUGAGUGACGAAGAGUUGAAAACUAUCAUCGCAGAUCUGCAUGAAAAGUUUCCCAACACUGGGUCAGAGAUGAUGUCUGGACUUCUUCAUGCACAUGGUCACACUGUGCAGAGGACAAGAGUACGGAAGCUGUUAGCUGAAGUUGAUCCACCUUCAGCUGCUGAAAGAUGGGGAAAUGGAGUUUCAAGGAGAGUCUACAAGGUUGCUUCACCAAAUAGCCUAUGGCAUAUGGAUGGACACAUGAAACUUAUCAGGUGGGGUCUGGUAACCAAUGGUUGCAUCGAUGGGUUCUCAAGGUUAGUCACCUUUCUGAAGUGCUCACCAAAAAACAGUGCCAAAACUGUAUUGGAACUUUUUCUAAAAGCAACCCAGAUGUAUGCAAUGCCUGCUCGGGUCAGAUCUGAUCACGGCCAUGAAAACGUCCUUGUGGCAUUGUUCAUGAACUUGACAUUUGGAAAUGAAAGAGCAAGCCAUAUCACCGGAGAAUCCGUUCACAAUGUGAGGAUAGAGAGACUGUGGCGAGAUGUGUACAAGGAUGUAAUUGCAUACUAUUACAACAAGUUCUAUGCACUGGAGGAUGAGGGUUUGUUGGACCCUAGUGAUGAUGUUCACAGAUUCAGUUUGCAUGCUGUAUAUCUAGAGCCCAUCAAUGAGCGACUAUCCAUAUUUCAGCAUGCAUGGAAUCACCAUCGAGUGCGUACAGAGAAACACCGCACACCUGAGCAGAUAUGGCGUGAUGGCAUGUUGGAAAGCAGCUUGGACAACACCGCUGUUAGCAGAGUUUUUGAGACGGAAACCUUGUGGGAGGAUGUUGUGGAAGCCAUGCUAAGGAGGUACCAUCUGUCUGAUCUUCCAGAUGACAAUGAACCACCGGAUGAUGACACUUCCAAUAUAAGCUCAAGACUGUCCAAUAUAAGCUCAAGACUGUCUCAAAUGCAGAAAGAGGAGCUUGAUCUCAUUCUUGCGGGCAAUGGUGGAUUAAGAGAUAAGUUCAGGGCUUAUUCUGAGAAAGUUGCUGAAUAUUUGCAGUUGUAAUGGGCAAGAAACUAUUGGCUGUGCUCGGGAGAUGUAGUAAAUUGAAUCUCAUAGUGCACAGCUAAAAAGUUGGAAAUAACGAUGUAGAAAUUGGCAAACUUUCACAAACAAGUUGUUAUAAUAUUAUGUGACAACCAAAUGAGAACACCUGUGAGUAUGCAAUUACAAGUACUCCUCAGUGUGUGAUUGCAAAUAAUGCUAGUGCUUUGGUACACAUACUUUAUUUAUGCUUCGUUUUUUUUAAAGGGGCUGAUAUACACAGGCGCUUAGAAUAGGCAGACUAAGAGGCAUUAUUGGUGAAAAUUUGAUCAAGAUCAUCAAGACUACAGGGAGAUAUACAGAUACAGUAGGUUUGCGGGUGCACCAUGUGUGAGAGAGAGGUUUGAGGAGUCCUGAGUACAGGGAGAUAUGCUUAUUUAAACCAUUGGUAAUGAGUGAUAGCUAAAAAAAAAAACGCAGCCCAAUGCAUCAUCAUUGACAAGCAGCUCCCAUGACUUAAGUACAUCAAAAUGCACUUGUUUCUAAUGUUAUUUGUUAAAAAUUGCUCUUUUCUCAUUUUCACAAAUUUUUAGAAAAAUACAGGGCCCACAUCACUCUGUGAUAAUUCCCCCAUUCAGUGCAGCACAAGCACUGAACAUCAAACAUAUAUACAACUUUAUAUACCUCACUUUAGAAAUCUAGCCAUCUGAUUGGUCGUAUUAGAGUCGUGAUUUCAAGUCAUGCCCCACUCACAGGGAAUAGUAAUAGCCCACAGGGAAUGGUUAUGAAUACUUUGUUAAUUUGUUAAUGAUUUUAAAAGGUGUUCAGACUUUUGUUGCUGACAUUAUGUGGAAAUAUCCUCACACGCUCUAAACGGCUUAUAAUUGCACAUGUAUACAUGCAUGAAAUCUUGUAAUCAUACAGCAGACCUGUAACAGCUCUAUGAUGCGCUCUGUUUCCGAGUGAUGCAUGGCUGCUUCAAAUAUGUAUAAAUUCAAAGAUAUUAUUAUUAUACCCCGCCAAACGAAGUUUGAAAGGGGGUAUAUAGGAAAUCAGCGUACAGUCAGUCAGUCGGUCCGUUUCAAAAAGUUUGUGGAUCACACUACUUUCACAGUUUUUUAGCAAUUUUGAUGACAUUUGGUACACUUUAUGUUUUUGAGGGUGUUCAAGAAACUUUUUUUGUGAAUGAUAGAUAAGGUGUUGUCAUGGUAACCACAAUUUUGCAAAGAUAUGUAAGUCUUCUGGAGCAAACUGCUUCCACAGUUUUUGAGCAAUUUUGAUGAAUCUUGGUACACCUAAUGUUGUGAAGGUGAAGGUGUGCAAGUCAUUUUGUUUUUGUCAUGUAGAUAAGGUGUUGCCAUGGUAACCAAAUGACAAGGUUCCCAUGUUAUCUUGUUCAUACGAUUACAAGAUAUUUUUAGAACUGCUAGCAUUUAACAUUUUGUGAAUUUUUGACAAAAUUACUAUACUUGAACAGACUAAACAAAUCACUGCCUCUUUGCUCGUGUAUGUAUAAAACAAAGAACAAGGAUGGUUGAGAGACGUGAUUUUUUUUACAUUUAAAGUAUGGAUGGUUAUUACAUGACUUUAUGUUAACAAUUUCAACAUGAUUGGUUGCGAUAUGAUGAUUCAAAUAAACACAUUUAUUGGUAUAAAUAAUGAA